AUGACGAUGAAGGAGGCGGCGGCGGAGGCUUCAAGUCUUGGAGUAGAGGAAGCAACUAUGUCUAGCCAAGAAGUAGAUUUAUCAUUAAAAGAGGUUACCAAAACCUACCGGAAAAGGAAAAGUUCUACAAGUAAUGAAGAAGACGGAAAUAAAGAAAAGGCCACUAAUAGGACUAUAAAGAAAGAAAAUGCUCCAAAGAAAAUUCAGCUCAAGACUAGGAUGUCACCAAUGGAGUUUAACAAAAUGGUGGCAAAUCUCAGUGAUGAACAAAAAAAUGCGGUUAAAGAGAUUGGGUUUGGAUCAUUACUCGAGCUUAGAUUGUCCAGCAUGGACAAUACACUAAAUACAUAUUUGGUAGAAAACUAUGAUGUUUGUAGUUGUUCCCUAAUGUUGGAGAGUGCAAAGAUGGAGCUCACAGAGGAUGAUGUGGAGAGCACAUUAGGCCUCCCGAAGGGUGAGGUUGAAGUUGUUGAAGGGAACAACUCAAAUGCAACUGAAGAAUACAAAACCUUGUUGGAGGAAUGGAGAACACGCUGGGAAUUAGACAAUUGUUCUCCAUUGGUGAAAAGACUUGGCCAUGGUAUAGUUGAGAAGAAAGACCACGGGGACAUGUUCAAAAGGGAUUUUGUGGUGUUUGUUAUUUCUAGUUUGUUCAAGGGCCACGCUAAUUGGACAUCAAACUUCAAAAUUUUGUAUUCAUUGAUAGACGUGAAAAACAUCAAGAAUUUGAAUUGGUGUAGGUACAUUUUUAAUAGUCUUACUACAACAGUGGAGAAAUGGAAGAAGUCAAAAAGUACAUUCUUCACUGGACCAUUGGUCUUCUUGAUGGUUUCAUACCUUGAUAGGAUGCAAUUUAAAGGGCAGCAAAUCCCAAGGAAAUACCCUGCGAUAUCAGUUUGGACAAUGGAUAUGGUCCAAAAAAGAUUAGCAGAUGAAAAGAAUUCUGGUGGGUAUGGCAGGGGAAAAGUCUUGGAUAGAGUUAGGAAAUCGGUUGCUGAGAUUGAAAACAACAUUGUUGGGGAUGGGGUGGAGGCACAGGCAGUUGGUGAUAAAGCUAAAAUGAGUGAUGUAGAGAAGAUAUCUAUGGGAAUGAAGAAACUGACUGCAGCCAUAGUUGAAUUUGGGGAAGUAAUGACUGAAGUUGGGAGCAAAAACACCGGACAAGAAAUUAUAAAGAAGACUUUCAGCAAGAUGUCUGAUAUGCUGAACAUUGCUUCAACUUCCCAGCCUGACAAGACUUCGACAUUAUUGGUCGAUGAUCCAAUCUUCAGCAGCGAGAGCUUUCUUGCAGCAGUUGCAUCAUUGGAAAAGGCAGCAAUGGAAGCAUUGGAAAAGGCCACCACAAUCACCGAAGAACCUGUUGAUCCUGAAACAUUUUCACCACCACGCUUCAAUUUUGCACUUGAGGAAUCAGAGAGGGAGAAUGUCCAACAUGGGGAGAGAGAGAAAAGAAAAAUGAAAAAUGUUCCAUUGUGA